AUCUGUUAUAAUUUCUGACAUUUCGUAUAACAGUGGAAAUUGUUUUGAAAACUCGGAAGAAUUCCACUGGAAAAUUCCUAUGUAUCCUACGCAAAUCUCCGCAUUGGGAUUUUGUGAGACAAUUCUAACCUCAAAACGUCAAAAUUUACGUGAAAAUGGAACACAUUUUUCGCGAAAGAUUUAUUCACAAAAAUCACAAGGAAUAUGAGUAGGGAUUUGCUGGAGAAUGUCCAUGAAGGUCUUCCGGAUCCCACGCCAUCGGGGAAAACAUUUGUCAUUCGCGGAAAGUAUUCCUAUUUUCACUACAAUUGCGAUGGUUUUCAGGACGCGGGAUGGGGAUGUGGCUACCGUACUCUUCAAUCCAUGUGUUCGUGGAUAAGGAAUUCCUCCAUGGAAAAAUCAGGAAAAGCAACCCAGAGUGUUCCGACAAUUCCAAAGAUCCAGGAAACUUUGGUGCAACUCAAUGAUAAACCGGAAAGCUUUGUCGGUUCCCGGGAAUGGAUUGGGGCUCUGGAGGUAUUCUACACAGUGGACGCUCUGUAUGAUGUGUCAUGCAAAAUUAUUCACAUCCCCUCCAACAAUGACGUGAAGAAGUACGUGAGCCUCGUGAAGCAGUACCUGGAGGACUAUGGAGGCUUCAUUAUGAUGGGUGGGGACGUGGAUUGUAGUUCAAAGGGAAUUGCGGGGGUUCACAUAGCCGGCAAUGAUGCUUACCUCUUAAUUGUGGAUCCUCAUUUUGUCACAACAUCCGGCAACGUCACGAUUGAGGAAGUCCAAAGGAAGAACUUUGUUAAGUGGCAGCAUACAUCUGAAUUCCUGGACAGCUCAUUCUACAAUCUCUGCUUGCCACUUGUUAAAGGACCCAAUACGGCGGCGUAGAGGAAGUGAUGGAGAUGAUCCUCUAAAAAAAAGGACUAAGACCACUGAAGAAGAUCCCCAAUGCUGUCGAAAGCUUUGGUUUAAGCCAUUUAAUUUUUAAUGAGAGAGAAGAGUACAUCCGAUAUGACGCUAACCAAUGCCUGACUUAAAAAAACUAUUUUUAAAAUAAAUAGAAUGCAAUACAACUGACCAAAAAAAACAACAAAACCUUUUUUUUUAAUAACUUUAUUUUCUUUUUAUUCUUAAUAUGUUAUCUUUUCAUUUUUCUUUUCAAUAAAACCUCAUUUUUUAAAGGUUCUUUAGAAUUAGAGAUAAGGUUGAGUUUAUUGCAUUUUGUUUCUUUUUUUUUCAUUUUUAAAAUAGUGUGUGUGUAAGUGUUGUGUUAUCCGCCCUCAAACCACAAGAUAAAUCCAUUUUCUACCUUAUUUUAUCUGGGUUUCUUUUUUUUUUUUUACUAAAUAUAUUAAUAUAUUGUUCUUGAUAGAGUAAAUAUUACUACGAAUUCGUUAAUAAAUGUGUAUGUGUGGAGAAA